GGGAAAAUGAAAAAGGGCCUAGGAGGAACAAGUCCCAGCCAUCUCCCAGGAUCCCUCCCUCAGCUCUAAAACCUCAGCUCCAGCUCCAGGCGCCAUGGGGGAGUGGGCGUUCCUGGGCUCGCUGCUGGACGCCGUGCAGCUGCAGUCGCCGCUCGUGGGCCGCCUGUGGCUGGUGGUCAUGCUGAUCUUCCGCAUCCUGGUGCUGGCCACGGUGGGCGGCGCCGUGUUCGAGGACGAGCAGGAGGAGUUCGUGUGCAACACGCUGCAGCCGGGCUGCCGCCAGACCUGCUACGACCGCGCCUUCCCCGUCUCCCACUACCGCUUCUGGCUCUUCCACAUCCUGCUGCUCUCGGCGCCCCCCGUGCUCUUCGUCAUCUACUCGGUGCACCGGGCCGGCAAGGAGGCGGGCGGCGCGGACGCCGGGCCCGGGCCGCCGCCGCGCCGCCGCUGCUACCUGCUGAGCGUGGCGCUGCGCCUGCUGGCCGAGCUGGCCUUCCUGGCGGGCCAGGCGCUGCUCUACGGCUUCCGCGUGGCCCCGCACUUCGCGUGCGCCGGCCCGCCGUGCCCGCACACCGUGGACUGCUUCGUGAGCCGGCCCACCGAGAAGACCGUCUUCGUGCUCUUCUACUUCGCCGUGGGGCUGCUCUCGGCGCUGCUCAGCGUGGCCGAGCUGGGCCACCUGCUCUGGAAGGGCCGCCCGCGCGCCGGGCGCCGUCGCCAGGGGGCCGAGCGCGACGGCCGCCGCCACCGCGCGCGCGGGGAGGCGCGGCAGCCGCUCCCGCCGCCCCCGGCCCCGCCCUCCCGGCGCCCGCGCCCCGCCCCCCGCGCCCCGCCCGCCUACGCGCCCCCGGCCCCCGCCGGCGACAGCGAGGGCGGCAGCGGCCGCGGCAAGGCGUCCCUGGCCACCGUCCGCCAGGACCUGGCCGUCUAGAGGCGGGCGGCGGGUGCCUCCGCGAGAACGGGCCCCGCGAGCCUGCGCGGGCGCUUCCCGGGUGCUCUCGGUUGGGCGGGUGAGGGCGCGGGGGAUGAACGGAGGCGGGUCCGGAUGCCCUCCCCGCUCCAGGUGGCGGGGAAGGAGGCCCGGGGCUGAGAGGAAGGGCACAGGAGGACCUAGCAGAGAGGAAAGUGGGGGUUCGGGUGGUGCUCAGAGAAAAGUCAUCGUGAUACCAGCUUCCCGCGCGCGGGCCUCUCCUUGUUCAGACUGAGGUGCGGCCCGGGUGCGGGCUCCCUACGUGUGUGCACACAUGUACACGUAUGUAGAGUGUGAGCUGCGUGUGUGCAUGUGUGUACGCACAGGUGCAUCCUACGUGGGCUCGCGGUGUGUGCAUGUGUAUGCCCUGUGUGGGUUCUACGUGUGUGCAUGCAUCUGUAUGCCCUGGGUGACUGCGUGGGGGGGGGGGGGGGAGAGAUCUGAUAAGGUGCCAGCAACAGGCACAAUGGCUCCCCCCUUACCUGCAGGGGUAUUGUAGGAAGCUCUCCCUGCUUGAUGGAGCCCACACAGGGAGGAGAGAGGUGCCCCUUCACCCUGGGCAGGACUCGGUGUGGAGGGCUUGUGGGCACCAUCCACACCCUCGACCGUGUGGCCUGGGCAGGGUGGCCAAGCGGUCCCUUUUGUUGGAAGUAGAGUGGGGGUGGGCAGUAGGGUCAGAAGGCCGGACUCUGUCCUAGCUUCACUCUCACACCCUGCUGCUGUUCCCCAAGUCCAUAAACGUGGCCAAGUUCCUUCCAUCCUGGAAAGAAAUCCGCCCCAAAACGUGCCCCCGGCCCUGCAUUUCCCUGCAGCCACGACCAUCUUCCCUCCUGGGGGAAAACAAAGAGCAACCUACGUGGCUUCCUCUUGUCCCCUUCCUGCCUCCUCUCUGCCCCCAUCUGUCUUCUUCCCUUGCCACCCCAGUGGGGCUGCUCUCCCGAAGAUCACCCAGGACCUAAGUGACAUCCAGGGGCCACCAUCUGACCCUGCCCUGGGCUUUAUCCAACCCUGCUGAGCAGGCCACCACCACCCACCCUGCCUGACUGUCUCCUAGUCCUCCUGCUUACGCCCUCGGGGGCUCCCUGUCAUUGGGGUAAGUCCAGCACCCGAAUGAGGCUUCUGAAGUCCCGCCCUGUCCAGUCCUGCCCCCGCCCCAUGGCCUGGGCUUCCUAUGGUUUCUGUACUCCAAACCAUCCCGAGUUUAAUCUUCCUGCCAGGCACAGUGACCCAUCUCCUUCCAAAUGUUUGAACGUGCUGUUUCUUGGCCUGGAGGAGCCUGCCUCUCUGCAGCACCCCUCCCCACCCUAGCUAAUACCUACCUACCUUUUGGUCUCAUUUGGGAAGAAAUAGAUGCCGUCCCUCACACUGUCCACCCCCAAGGCGGAGCUAGACGCCCCGCGGCACCCCUGCCUCCCCAGGCAUAGCUCGCCUGCUGGAUGGCAUUGCUCGCCCCUCCACACUGGCGCAGAGGAGGUGCUUCGUCAAUUUGCGUUCAUGAGGGACUGAAGGUGUCCCUGAGGCCCAAGGGCUUAUCCACGCGCGUGCUGUGCAACAUUUCUCUGAUGAUGGUCAGCUAUGUGUGCAAAGCCUGGACCUCCAACAAACUCAGAAGUGGAUAUCCAGCUGUUUUCCAGACGUAUUCAUUCAAGAAAUAUUUGUUGAGCACAUACUAUAUGCCAGGCAAUGUUCAAGAUCAGCGCUGUUCAGUAGAAAUAGGAUGUGAGCCACAUGUGUAAUUUUAAAUUUUUCAGUAGCCACAUUAAAAAAUAAAAGGAAACGGGUGCCUGGGUGGCUCAGUCGUUGGGCAUCUGCCUUCGGCUCAGGUCAUGAUCCCAGGGUCCUGGGAUCGAGUCCCACAUCGGGCUCCCUGAUCCGCGGGAAGCCUGCUUCUGCGUCUCCCACUCCCCCCUGCUUGUGUUCCCUCUCUCGCUGUCUCUCUCCCUGUGUCAAAUAAAUAAAUAAAGAUCUUUUUAAAAAAAAGUAAACAGAUGAAAUUAAUUUUAAUAACAUAUUUUCUUUAACCCAUUGCAUCCAAAAUGUUAUUUCAACACAUCAUCGAUAUUAAAAAAAAAGUAUUAAAGAGAUAUUUAUUUUUUCUUUGUACUAAGUAUUUGAAAUCUGGUGUGUGUUGGGGCGACUGGGUGGCUCAGUCGUUAAGCGUCUGCCUUCGGCUCAGGUCAUGAUCCUGGGAUCCUGGGAUCGAGCCCCACAUCGGGCUCCCUGCUCUGCGGGAAGUCUCUUCUCCCUCUCCCACUCCCCCUGCUUGUGUUCUUCUCUCGCUGUGUCUCUCUCUGUCAAAUAAAUAAACAAAAUCUUGAAAAAUAUAUAUAAAAAAAAAUCUGGUGUGUAUUUUAUGCUUAGAGCACAUCUCAAUUUGGACCAGCCACACUUUUUUAAUG